AUGUCAGUCACUACUACCUCGACCACCACCUCCGCUUCGGCAACCUCCAGCUGUCACGCGAAAUUAUACGACAUCCCCACGCACGAUGCCGCCUGCGCAAUGCCAAUGAAGGGCAAUUACUCUGCAAUCAUGAGCAGCUGUUGCUCCUCGGCUUCUGUCAUCGAGUAUGACGGGUGCGAUUACUACUGCUUGGCUCAAGGCCAGACUGUCGGUGAUCUAGCUGAAUGCCUCAUCAAGGCAUCUGAGCCUGGCCAGGUUUGGUGUAACACCAAUGCCAAUGCCACCGCGACUGCGACUGCGACUGCUAUAGGUACUGGAGUUGUCACUCUCAGUGCAACAAGUACCGGCACUGAUACCACGGCCUCGGCGACCUCGAGCAGUGCCACUGCGAGCUCGACUGCCAAUAGUGCUGGGAUUGUCGUACCUCGCCCUUUGACCAAGUCUGCUAUGGGCAUGAUCGGUCUUAUGUUGGCUGGUGUGGCAGCGGAUUAUCUCCUUUAA